AUGGAUACCACAACAGUAGCUACUAAGCCUCACGCUGUUUGCAUUCCAGUUCCGACUCAAAGCCAUAUCAAGGCAACACUUAAAUUUGCAAAACUCCUACACAGUAGAGGUUUUCAUAUUACCUUUGUCAACACGGAGUUCAAUCACAAGUGGUUUCUUAAAUCUCUAGGAGCCGAUUCCCUAGAUGGCUUGCCUGAUUUCCGGUUCGAAGCCAUCCCAGAUGGCAUUCCAGAUUCAGAUGAAGAUGCCACCCAAAAUCUCACUUUACUCUGCGAUUCCAUAUUAAAACAUACUUUCCUGGCGCUGUUUCGUGACCUCCUCACUAAGUUCAACAAUGAUGCCUAA